AUGGUAAACAUAAACUGGCCAGGGCUCCUCAAAUGGUCGACUAAAUAUGCAGACGGCACCAUCGAUACGAACAAGCGGUUAAGCAAGGAAGACAUAGAGUUCCUCCAGGGGGCGAUCAAGGAAGCCCUGAGUCAAGUGGAGGAUCCAUACGAAGCGAUAAAGGAAGCAGUGCGCAAUUUUGAAAAUGCAGACGAAGGUAUUAUCCUGGCUUCUGCGAAAAUCGUGGAAAGGCUAGUGGAUGAGUACCCUGAGGUCUCCCGUAAUCUUCAUAAGAUAAACGCAAUAGAACCUUUAUUAAAAUUGCUAAAUCAGACGAAUAAUCAUAUCUUAGAAUCUGUGUUGCAGAUAUUUUCUCUAGCUCUUUCAAACAAUCCGGAUUUACAAGAAUGCGUCUUCAAAAAAAACGGUUUAAAAACAUUGUUGCUGAAAUUACAAGAAUCCCAGAAGACAGUAAUCGAUAAAAAAUUAAUAACGGCGAUCUCUGCCCUCAUUAGACACCAUGAUGAGGCGGAAAAUAAAUUUAUUGACUAUGGGGGGGUCGGCUUUUUAGUAUACGGGAUGCAGACAAAUAUUUACCAGUACCAGGAGAAGUCAGCUCUGCUACUAAAGCAUCUAGUACAUCAGAACAAAAUAACAUUUGAAAUAUUUUUAAAAAACGAAAUAAUGAAGGGACUGAUAUGUCUUGCGAAAAAUAAAAAUAUCGAUGAAACGGGUAUACAGUAUGGGGAGACGACAGCUGAACUGUUUUUGGCACUCAUUCAGAACCACCGGCAUAAAUUGGCCAAGUCAGGUUACCUCCAUAACAUGAAGAUCUUGAUAGAGGACCGCUUGGCCUACCUCCGCGUUGUCCAGGACAGCGCCUCCUACGACGUUUCACAGGAGAUCGACUUGUUCACCGACUGCUUGAAGUUAACCAGCUGGCCAGGAGCGAAGCAGCCAGAGCAGAAAAACAGCGGUCAGUUUAGCUUAUCCAACUGGUAG